AUGAGAGUUAAGAAGAUGCCCGAGAGUAUUGCCAUUGUGGGGGCGGGUGUGAUCGGCUGUGAGUUUGCGGCCAUUCUGUCCAAUCUGGGACAGUCACGAGUGCACCUGAUCAACGAACGACGCAAGCGACUGCUGCCAACGGAAGACGAGGACCUCUCCAGCUAUCUCACACGCUCAUACCAGGAUGGAG